AUGGGUUAUGGUAGUGGGACUUUGCGUUGUUGCAUGGUGCAAGUGAGAUCACUCUGUAGCACCACUUCUGCAAUUUCACGUUACGGUCGCAUAGGUGACAUAGACAAUGCUCGAAAGGUGUUCGACAAUACUCCAUUGCCACACAGAACCAUCACUUCCUGGAACGCCAUGGUCGCUGCGUACUUCGAAUCUCACAAACCUCGCGACGCCGUCCUUCUGUUCGACCAAAUGCCCCAAAGAAACACUGUUUCCUUUAACGGCAUGAUUUCGGGUUAUGUGAAAAACGGAAUGGUCGCUGAAGCGAGGAAGGUGUUCGACGUUAUGCCUGAACGAAAUGUUGUUUCAUGGACUUCCAUGGUUCGUGGUUACCUUCAAGAUGGUAUGGUUGAAGAAGCUGAAAAACUCUUCUGGGAAAUGCCACAGAAGAAUGUGGUGUCGUGGACUGUUAUGAUUGGUGGGUUGUUGAAAGAAUCUCGUUUUCAGGAUGCAAAGAAACUGUUUGAUAUGAUGCCUGUGAAGGAUGUUGUGGCGGUUACUAACAUGAUUAGUGGGUAUUGUCAAGUGGGACGUUUGGAUGAAGCUCGUGAACUGUUUGAUGAAAUGCCGAUGAGAAAUGUGUUUACUUGGACUACUAUGGUUUCUGGGUAUGCAAAGAAUGGGAGGGUUGAUGUUGCAAGAAAGCUUUUUGAAGUGAUGCCUGGGAGAAAUGAGGUGUCUUGGACGGCUAUGCUUAUGGGGUAUACUCAGAGUGGGAGGAUGAAGGAGGCUUUCGAGCUUUUUGAAGCGAUGCCGGUGAAGUGGGUUGUUGCUUGUAAUGAGAUGAUCACACGGUUUGGAGCUUCUGGGGAGGUGAAUAGAGCUAGGAUGGUGUUUGAGGGAAUGAAAGAGAGGGAUGAAGGAACUUGGAAUGCUAUGAUUAAGGUGUGCGAGAGGAAAGGGUUUGAGUUGGAAGCUUUGGGUUUGUUUGUUAGGAUGCAAAGGGAAGGGGUUGAGUUGAAUUUUCCUUCGUUUAUCAGUGUUCUUUCUGUGUGUGCCAGUUUAGCUAGCCUUGAUCACGGCAGGCAGGUUCAUGCUCGGUUAGUUAGAUCUGAAUUUGAUCAAGAUUUAUAUGUUGCCUCGGUUUUGAUUACAAUGUAUGUUAAGUGUGGUGAUCUUGUUAGAGCAAAAAGGAUUUUUAAUAGGUUUCCAUUUAAGGAUGCUGUCAUGUGGAAUUCUAUGAUCACGGGUUAUUCUCAACAUGGGUUGGGAGAGGAUGCUCUGAUUGUUUUCCGUGAUAUGUGCACGUCUGGAAUUCAGCCAGACGAGGUUACCUUCAUUGGAGUUCUUUCAGCUUGUAGCUACGGCGGCAAAGUGAAGGAAGGGUUCAAGUUUUUUGAAGCAAUGAAAUGCACUUAUCAAGUAGAGCCAGGAAUCGAACACUAUGCUUGUAUGGUUGAUUUGCUAGGCCGAGCAGGCCGGGUAGAUGAGGCAAUGGAACUGAUAGAAAAAAUGCCAAUGGAACCGGAUGCUAUUGUUUGGGGUGCAUUAUUAGGUGCUUGUAGAAAUCAUAUGAAGCUCGAUUUGGCUGAAAUUGCAGUAGAGAAACUUGCGAAGCUAGAGCCCAAAAAUGCCGGGCCUUAUGUCUUGCUCUCGCAUAUGUAUGCAUCUAGGGGAAGAUGGAGGGAUGUUGAAGUACUUAGGAAAAAGAUAAAUGCUAGGAGUGUUGUCAAAUUUCCUGGUGUUAGUUGGAUUGAGGUGGAAAAGAAGGUGCACAUGUUCACCGGGGGAGACAGCAAGGGCCACCCUGAACAGCCUAUUAUCACAAAAAUGUUGGAGAAGCUAGGUGGAAUUUUAAGGGAAACUGGAUAUUGUCCCGAUGGCAGCUUUGUGCUUCAUGAUGUGGACGAGGAAGAGAAGACGCAUAGCUUGGGUUAUCAUAGUGAAAAACUAGCUGUAGCAUACGGACUCCUAAAAGUGCCUGAUGGGAUGCCAAUUAGAGUUAUGAAAAAUUUGCGGGUUUGUGGUGAUUGUCAUUCUGCGAUCAAAUUGAUCGCAAAAGUCACCGGAAGGGAGAUCAUCUUAAGAGAUGCCAAUAGAUUUCACCAUUUUAAAGAUGGCCACUGUUCUUGCAAGGACUUUUGGUAG